CUCCUAGCAAGGAAAGAGCAACAGAAAAGCCACCUCCUGCCGCCGCAAGCCCCCGCACCUCCCUCGCUUCGCCGCGCACAUCUGACAUCACACAUCUCCAUCCCCAGCGCCGCUGCCCAUCACAUUUCCUGGUGCCGGCCACCGAGCGCCCGAGCCCCGCGACCACGCCCAUCGCCUACCAGCUCCACCUGCACACGCGGAAAUGGCGGCGCCGGCGCUGCGCUCGGCGGCUGCGAGGGCGCGCGCGGCGGCGCUCUCGAGAGGGCGGUGGCUGGGGACGUCGUCCGCGGCGAAGAGGGAGAGGGAGAGGGAGAGGGGGAGGGGGAGGGACAAGGAGGAGGAGGAGGAGAGGACCGGGUGGGAGCUCUCGGCGGCGCGGGAGUACUACGACUACCGCAAGUCCAUCUACGGCGACGUCACGCAUCGCGCCCUCCUCGUCGACGCCGUGGGCACCCUCGUCGUCCCCGCCCAGCCCACGGCACAGGUGUAUAAGAGCAUUGGUGAGAAGUAUGGAGUGAAGUAUUCUGAAGAUGAGAUCCUGAUGAGGUACAGGCGGGCAUAUGAGCAACCAUGGGGCGGAUCUCGUCUCAGGUAUGUGGAUGAUGGGAGACCCUUCUGGCAGCACAUAGUAACUUCUUCUACAGGCUGUUCAGAUGCACAAUACUUUGAGGAACUGUAUCAAUACUUUAUGACAGAAAAGGCUUGGAAGCUUUGCGAUCCUGAUGCUGAAAAUGUAUUUAAAGCUUUAAGGAGAGCUGGUGUUAAAACUGCCGUUGUCUCCAAUUUCGAUACCCGUCUACGGCCACUUCUGCAGACCUUGAAAUGUGACCACUGGUUUGAUGCAGUUGCUGUUUCAGCAGAGGUUGCGGCGGAGAAGCCGAACCCAACAAUAUUUUUGAAGGCCUGUGAGCUUUUAGGUGUGAAGCCUGAAGAAGCCGUGCAUGUUGGUGACGAUCGCAGAAACGAUAUAUGGGGAGCUAGAGAUGCCGGCUGUGAUGCCUGGCUCUGGGGCAGCGACGUUCACUCUUUCAAGGAGGUGGCUGAGCGGAUCGGCGUUGAGGUGACGGACAAGUGACCCAAUCCCACCGGUGUGGUGCCGCCGCUCGGCAGCGACGAGAACAGUGCCCAGGAGCGCGGUCGUGAGGAUGAUGAUGUACAUAGGAUAGAGACUCAAGUGACCCAUCCUUGCUGUUGCUAGAUCGUGGCUGUCGUACAAAGUUCCCUGGAAUGGAAGGAAGACGAUGUAGAACUGUAGUGGUGCUAGCUAGGGAGGUCGCUCCACUCUGGAGCCAUGUUGUAGCUGAUGGAUGGCGCCGCAGCCGUGCAGAUACUAGACUGAGAUUUAGCAAGCUAGGGCUUGUCCUGCUGGGACCUGGUUACUCUGGUCCAACUACA